GAGAUAACCACUGAUGUGUUCUUAAAGAAAUUUUCUAGGGUGACAGUGGGAACUGAACAAUCAGAGAAGUCAAAAAAAGUUAUGAUGGCAGGCCAAGUAACUUGGGCAAGAAGACAACAAUCUCAGCAGCAGGAGCAACAGGCAAGGGCCAGAUGGACAUCAUCUCUCACUAAGAUACUGGCAGACUUAAUGAUUGACCUAGUUCAAAAAGGGAACAGACACGGACAUUCUUUUGGGAAGAAAGCGUGGAGGUAUAUAUGUGAUGAAUUCUACAAGAAAACAGGUCUGAAUUGGGACAAAGAGCAAUUGAAGAAUCGAUAUGCAGUCUUGAGGAGGCAAUAUGUUACUGUAAAGUCACUUCUUGAUCAACGUGACUUCAGUUGGGAUGAAUCCAUGGGGACUAUUAUAGGCAGGGAUGAAGCAUGGACAGAAUACAUCAGGGGACAUCCUGAUGCUGAGACUUUAAAAUACACUGGCUGCCCAAUUUACAAAGAGCUAUGCAUCAUAUUCUCUGAACCGACAACCAAUGGGAAACACAAUCUGUUGGCUGAACAUGGGGGAGGGAUGACUCCUGUUACUUGUGCAGAACCCUUGAGCAUUUACCAAGGAGAGUCUUCGUCGGAUUCUGACGAAGUGGAUGACAUUGCAGACGCUUGCAAUGCUACUCGACCUACUAAUUGUACAACCGGAAAUCGUAAAAGAGGUCGUAAAGGAAUUGAUGAUGUUAUUGCAGGAGCUAUAAUGGAGAUGACAGCUGCUUCAAAGCUAAGGACAGCGGCUAUACAGCAACGUAAUGCCCGAUACACCAUAACUGACUGUAUUAAAGAAUUGGAUGAGAUGCAAGACGUUGAUGAACAGGUCUACUUUGCUGCCCUUGAUCUAUUCAACAAACCCAAUGCAAGGGAAGUUUUCUUGUCUCUCAAAGGUGACAAGCGCUUGAUUUGGUUGCGGGGUAAAUGUGCCGCAUAUCCAGCUCCUUAAGUGUUGAUAAGAGGGGUUAGUAAUCCGUCAUCUGCUACAUGUCUAGUUAAUGCACAAUAUUCCCUUUCUUGAAACAGCGACCAAAUACUAGUUGACUUGUACAUAUGCUUAGUUCUGGUUCUCAAGUUAGGCAUACUAAAACAAUAUUUUCGGAUAUGCAGUGAAUUUUAUAUUGAUAUCAAGAGCAAGAUCCGCAUAUAUUCUUGUGCAAGUUCAUAAA